CGCUUCGCUGCCGCCCCUUUCCAUCGGCGUUCAAUCGCGAGGCUGAUUGACCGCUGCAGCUCUCCUGUGUGGCCCGUGAGAACGCAGAUAUGGAUGUAACAGCCGCGGUACUGAAUUAAAUUCCGCCUAAAUACUCAACCGGGAACCCUCCAAGACAGGAAUCCUACACAGACUGCCGGCAGGGAUUUACGACAGUACGGAGCGGAGGGAGACACGGGAGCGUGGCAGGAGGGACGCUCGAGCUCAACCGACCGACAGUCAGUGCACGCAGAAAUGGCGGAGCACCACGCAGCCAGCGACGGCAAACACAAAGCGUCCGGCAGUGCGAGUGGCACGGUGCACGCGAGCAGCCGACCCGGCGCCACCGGUGGAGGCGGGGGGAAAGGAGGCCUGUCUGGCGGACUUACCCAGCCGGCGGGAUGGCAGUCUCUCCUGUCGUUCAGCAUUCUUUUUCUGGCCUGCCUCGCGGGAUUCAGCUCCAGACUUUUCGCGGUCAUCCGGUUUGAGAGCAUCAUCCACGAGUUUGAUCCAUGGUUCAACUACAGAUCAACACACCAUCUCGCCAGUAAUGGCUUCUAUGAGUUCCUCAACUGGUUUGAUGAGAGAGCCUGGUACCCCUUAGGCAGGAUUGUUGGUGGCACGGUCUACCCCGGGCUAAUGGUGACUGCCGGCCUGAUCCACUAUAUGCUGAACUUCCUCCACAUCACCGUCCACAUUCGGGAUGUGUGUGUGUUUCUCGCUCCGGUCUUCAGUGGAUUGACAGCCAUCUCCACCUUCCUGCUGACACGGGAGCUGUGGAACCAGGGUGCAGGGCUGCUGGCAGCCUGCUUUAUUGCCAUUGUCCCGGGAUACAUCUCGCGCUCCGUGGCGGGUUCUUUUGACAACGAGGGAAUUGCCAUCUUUGCUCUGCAAUUUACUUACUACCUUUGGGUAAAAUCGGUGAAGACGGGCUCCGUGUUCUGGACCAUCGGCUGCUGUCUUUCCUAUUUCUACAUGGUGUCAGCAUGGGGAGGAUACGUCUUCAUCAUCAACCUCAUUCCUCUGCAUGUGUUUGUGCUGCUGCUGAUGCAACGCUACAGCAGGAGGGUCUACAUCGCUUACAGCACUUUCUACAUCGUGGGCCUCAUACUGUCCAUGCAGGUUCCGUUUGUUGGCUUCCAGCCAAUCAGGACCAGCGAACACAUGGCUGCUGCCGGUGUGUUUGCUCUUCUCCAAGCCUAUGCCUUCUUGCAGUACCUGAAAGACAGGCUGACCCGCCAGGAGUUCCAGACGCUCUUCUUCCUCGGCGUCUCUCUUGCAGCCUGCGUCGUCUUCCUCACAGUGAUUUAUCUCACAUACACAGGGUACAUCGCUCCGUGGAGUGGCCGUUUCUAUUCUCUCUGGGACACCGGCUAUGCAAAGAUCCACAUCCCCAUCAUCGCUUCCGUCUCGGAGCACCAGCCGACCACGUGGGUCUCCUUCUUCUUUGACCUCCACAUCCUGGUCUGCACUUUCCCAGCAGGCCUCUGGUUCUGCAUCAAGAACAUCAACGACGAGCGCGUGUUCGUGGCGCUGUACGCCAUCAGCGCCGUCUACUUCGCCGGUGUGAUGGUGCGGCUGAUGCUGACGCUGACCCCGGUGGUGUGCAUGCUGUCGGCAGUGGCUUUCUCCAGCGUGUUCGAGCACUACAUGGGAGACGACACCAAAAGGGAGAAGCCCCCCGCUGAAGACAGCAGCGACGAGGACGACAAGAGGAAUUCUGGGAAUCUCUAUGAUAAGGCCGGCAAGGUGCGCAAACACGUGUCGGAGCAGGAGAAAGCCGAGGAGGGCCUGGGCCCGAACAUCAAGUCCAUCGUCACCAUGCUCAUGCUGAUGCUGCUGAUGAUGUUCGCCGUCCACUGCACCUGGGUCACCAGCAACGCCUACUCCAGCCCCAGCGUGGUGCUGGCGUCCUACAACCACGACGGGAGCAGGAACAUCCUCGACGACUUCAGGGAGGCCUAUUACUGGCUGAGGCAGAACACGGACGAGCACGCCCGCGUCAUGUCAUGGUGGGACUACGGCUACCAGAUAGCCGGGAUGGCCAACCGGACCACCCUGGUGGACAAUAACACGUGGAACAACAGUCACAUAGCGCUGGUGGGAAAGGCCAUGUCGUCCAAUGAGAGCGCGGCGUACAGAAUCAUGCAGUCACUGGACGUGGACUACGUGCUGAUCAUCUUCGGGGGCGUCAUCGGUUACUCCGGAGACGACAUAAACAAAUUCCUGUGGAUGGUGAGGAUAGCGGAGGGCGAGCAUCCCAAAGAAAUCCGGGAGAGCGAUUACUUCACUCCCCAGGGAGAGUUCAGGGUGGACAAGGCCGGGUCACCGACUCUGCUCAACUGCCUCAUGUACAAGAUGUCCUACUAUCGAUUUGGAGAAAUGCAGCUGGACUUCAGGACGCCCCCCGGCUUCGACCGGACGCGCAACGCCGAGAUCGGCAACAAGGACAUCAAGUUCAAGCACCUGGAGGAGGCCUUCACCUCGGAGCACUGGCUGGUUCGCAUUUACAAGGUGAAGGAUCUGGACAACCGGGAGCCGCUGGACCGCAAGCUCCGCAGCGUAACGCCCCGGCAGAAGUACACCUCCAAAAAGACCGCCAAGAGGAAGCGAGGGCAGAUCAGGAACAAGCUGGUCCUGAAGAAGGGCAAGAGAGCCCCCAAAACCCACCAGUGAUGCACUCGGACGGACGACCAGGAACCUCCAACGAGCGACGAAGAACUCCACGUUGAGCGUCUCUCGUUCGAGCGCCAACGCGUGUUGAGGAAGCGUGGGAUCUGGCUCGCUCCAGAAUUGUCCGUUUUAUCCUGAAGACGUCUGUCUGGCUUUUUUUUCCCCCCCUUUCUUUUCUUUUGUUUUUGUUUUUUAACUUGAAUGUGAGGCAUAGGGCUGCUCUGCGUGGUUCAGCGUUGAUUUACAUUUUUGUGGUUUAUUAAUUAUCAGACCAGGGGUCGGGUGAAGGUGGUACGAGCGACGAAGAGGAGGAGGAGGAGGAUUUGCACCAAAGAGCCAUCGACCUCGCUCCACGGCACAUGUGAGCU